AAUAAAAUUUCCUUUUUCCUUUUCCACUUCUCUCUCUCUCUCUCCUAAAACCCUUCUCUGUUUCAUUGUUCCACCGCCAUCCCUAAAAUUUACAAUCUCACUGCAAUUUUCAUAGCAAAAACCCUAAAUUCAGCUAUGGUGUUGAGUAGAAUCUCAUCUCGAUUCUCAAGGAAUAUGUUGACACAGUGCCGCAACUCGCUGCUCCUUUAUUAUCGACAGAAUCAACAGCACCAUCUGCCCAUACUUUCAUGUCAGUUUCAUUCAAUUCGCAAUAUAAGAGAAAAGGUGUCUCUAGUACCUGAAUCUGCCUUGCAACGGUUUGGAAUCUCAUCCUCUGCAUCCCCCCAACCUGAUGAAAAAGAAACAUCUCAGUCCCAAGGUGGAGGAGGAAGCGGAGCAGAGAAAGCUUCAGCUUCUGCUGAUUCUAACGUUCAGGAUGAGAAGAAAGAAUCAAAUUUGGAUUUGGAGGACCUUUCCAGGGAUGACCUGGUGAAAUGUGUGAUUGAGAAGGAAGAACUCCUAAAGAUGAAACAUGAGGAGUUUCAGAAAAUGCAGGAUAAGGUUCUUCGAACUUAUGCAGAGAUGGAGAAUGUCAUGGAGAGAACUAGACGAGAAGCAGAAAAUACUAAGAAGUUUGCCAUUCAGAAUUUUGUGAAAUCCCUUCUAGACGUUUCUGAUAAUCUGGGGAGGGCUUCUUCUGUUGUAAAAGAGAGCUUUUCCAAAAUUGAUGUAUCUAAAGACACAACUGGUGCCGUGCCACUUCUGAAGACACUUCUGGAAGGUGUUGAAAUGACUGAUAAACAGCUGGCGGAGGUAUUCAAAAAAUUUGGUGUUGAAAAAAUUGAUCCCACAAAUGAAGAAUUUGAUCCAAAUAAGCAUAAUGCAGUAUUUCAAGUACCUGAUCCUGAAAAGGCUCCUGGAAUGAUUGCUGUUUGUCUUAAGCCAGGGUACUCCUUGCAUGGCCGAAUUAUCCGACCUGCUGAAGUUGGUGUGACAGUAGCUGUGGAGAGUACAGGGAAUUGAUCAAACUACCAGCGCCCAAAUUGGUGGCUCACUAAUGUUUUAGAGCGCUUGCAGUUCUAAAAAUCAGAACAUUUUGAUCUUAGGCGAUUUGAGCUCUACAUUCUAUUUCAGGGAAGGUGUUCAUUGUGCAGAUGUUAAAGCUAUAGCUUCAAUGUUCUUUUUUGCCCUUUAUUUAGAGUUGUGUUAAAAUUGAAACAAUCAGAACCCUCUGAUUCACAAGGCUAUUCUUAUUGUGGGUGGACACUUUCCCUCUCCACUUCCUUACCAAUACGCAAGUGUUGUUAUAUGUUUUGUACUUUUAAGUGAGGAUUUAACUUAUUCUGCUUGAGAGACAGAUCGCUUUGGUCAUUGCUAAACCGUAUCUCUGAGUGAAAGAAGUCGGUAUUAUUUUUUCAGCUACAGUGAAAAUAAAGAACAUACUUUCAGUAUCUGA